AUGAAGUGUGUAGAUUAUCGACCGCUAUUGCUUUCCGGCCUUCUAUGCCUAACAGCGCCGAUUGCGAGAGCCCAGCAAACAGAAAGCUUUGACGUCGUCGUGAUUGGCGCCGGUCUAUCUGGUCUUUCAGCUGCACGGAAGCUUUUAGAUGCCGGCAAAAGCGUGCGUAUCGUCGAAGCGAGGAGUAGGGUCGGUGGCAGAGUGGAGAACCAGCCACUCAAGAACGGCGGCGUUACUGAACUUGGUGCCGCAUUUGUAGGACCAACGCAGGAUCGUGUGCUAGCCUUGGCCAAUGAACUAGGCAUAGAAACGUUCUUGGAGUACGACACGGGGCACAACUUGGCUUUUGUUGGCGAGGAGCGAAUCACUUACGAUUUACUUCCCAUUCCAUACAUAGAUCUGGCAACGACUGCACAAUUCGGCGCGGCCAUUGCAGCUCUUGAUCUCAAGGCUUUGACGAUCAAUGUAGAAAAGCCGUGGAACCACCUCCUCGCUGCUCUGUGGGACAAGACCACUGUGAGACAAUUUCGCGAUUCGAUCAUCACAACGCCAGAAGGACGAGAUGUUUUCGAAAUUGGUGUCGAAUCCAUCUGGAGUGCGAGAUCAGAUGAGCUCUCACUGCUUUACGCACUAUCUUAUAUUGCAGGAGCGGGCAACGAGACAACUAAAGGAACAUUUGAGCGCCUCAUUUCAACAGGUGGUGGCUCGCAAGAGAGUCGCCUGGUUGGUGGCACUGGACUUCUACCUAACGGCUUAGCAGACAAGCUUGGACGUGAGCAUAUCGUCUUCGAUAAUCCUGUCCGCUCCAUCACAUUGCAGCAGUCUGGAGAAUAUCUCGUGCAGGGAGAUAAGUCCUCGGUCAGUGCCUCGAAAGUCGUUGUGGCUUUGUCACCUCCUGUAGCUGGUGAGAUUGAGUAUACUCCGGCUUUAUCAAAAUCGCGACAAAAGCUCAUGGAGCACCUCUUCAUGGGUUCUCUCGGCAAGGCUAAUGCUAUCUACCCUACCCCGUUCUGGAGGGAUGCAGGGUUGUCAGGCCAAGUCAUCUCUACGACUGGCACAGUCCAAACCACGUUCGAUGACUCAGAUGCAAAUGCAACGUAUGGUGCUAUCCUUGGAUUCAUCGAAGCCGAUCAGAUGCGGGCGCUCAACAACGCGACUAAAGCUGAGAUCAUCGCUAGAGUCACUGAUGAUUAUGUCAGGUACUUUGGCGAGGAAGCGAGGAAUGCGUCCGAGUGGGUGAUCAAGAGAUGGGACUUGGAAGAGUUCUCCAAGGGUGGACCUACAGCUUUGGCUGGGCCGGGAACAUUCAAGAAAUAUGGACCAGCGCUGAGGCAGGCUGUUGGUGGUAUUCAUUGGGCUGGAACCGAGGCUUCUGAUUACUGGCCGGGAUACAUGGACGGCGCUAUCAGAUCAGGUAUGCUAUGUCACUUCUCUGGGCCCUUUGAACAUAGAAGCUGACUGUCUGAAACAGGAGAGCGAGCUGCGCAAGAAAUCAUGGAUAGUAGCUAAAUUAACAGCGCAAUUUUUGAAGCUGAAUGAGCUGGUUCAAUUAUCAAGACUAAGGCAAAGGAGUGAGCCUUCACACCAUGUACCUUUAUAACAACUCCCGCUUAAGCAUAAAUUCCAAAAAAGCAAAUGGAUAUCGCGACCAUUCCCCAAAUACCGUGGUUUCGACGACGGUUCACCAUCUGGCCAGCGUUCGGGGAAUCUGCCGCGAUGUAUAGCUCCGCCCAAAGAAAGAUUCGAAUGAGGGUUUCGUAAGAUUUUAAUAAGAUUAGUCUAAGUCUCGAGCAACGAGCGUAGAGUGCGCAAAUUGCUACUUUGGAUAGCAUGCCUUCCCAGAGUGGUAAAUAUCUAGGCAUUUCUCCAUUGCCGCAUGUUCUCCGUAGCCAGACCAAAGGCUGUAACACUUAGGCCACUGACGAGGACUUGUAGGAAGAUGGGAUCAGGUCGAGCGGAUGGGUGAUGCCCUCGCUGAAGAACUUGUAGUUGCCAGUCUGGGUAGC